UUUCCCAAAGGUAGAGACCAAGGAAAGGGUUAAAGGAUUUGCUGGUUGAUGUGCAUGAAGAGACAGGUCUUUAUUUUGAUUGCCAGUCACAUGGUAUUUUAAUAACCAAUGACUUUAGCCAAAUGUAGCAAUAUGAGAGGUCAUGCAAAUCUAGCACCGAGCAGGCUGGAACAUUUAUCUCAAAUUCAAAUACAGAAGGUGUGCAGGAAACCAAACCAUGAGUUAUAAUCAGGCAGCUUUUCCUUGACUGAACAAGACUAAGCCUCAGCAUAUGCUUCCCAGGAUUUGACAACUGCUGCUCAGAUGGGGUGCAGAUGCUGUAGAAUGAUUAGAAGGUACAUCUUCGGACCAACUAUUGGAGAACUUCCAUCCACUGUGAGAAAUGAAAUUAAUUGUAGAAACAAUGACGGUAAACAUGAGGGCGCAUUCCACAACAAGGACAAGACUAACAAUAUUGUUGCUUCAGCUUCGGACAAAGUGAUAAACUUGGAAGAACAAGAUGCAGGAAUGAAAAUAAGGGAACGUAAUGCAUCGAAGAAAAAUAUAGCAUGUGUGCAAAAUAAGAUGGUUGAAAAUGUCAGUGACAGCACAGACAACGGUGCAACACAUGUGCUGAAUAACAACCAAGUGCAGAAAGCUUCGAGUGAAGUGGCGCCACACCCCACCAAUACAAAUAACUGCUCCACAUAUAAUAUAAAAGCUGCAAAUACAAAUGAAAUGGUACAUCAGCAUGACCCAGGAAUUGAAAGUGAUUGUCUCACAGUCAAUGGACUCUCCACACAUUAUCCUACUGAAGUAAUUGCUGUUGUUCCAGAAGGAGAGAAAGUUGUAUACAAUCAUAAAAUUGCCAACAAAAAUAACAACAAAUUAUCGUCCAUGGAACUUGAUGAAGUAAUUGAAAAUAAUCUGGAAACUAACAGGGAUGGAAUCAAAGGUUUAUCCGACCCAUCUUCCAAUGAAAAGAUGAACACUUUAAAUGGAUACAAAGAUCUAGAACGCACUCCUCUUCGCAUUGAUGGGGAAUUCACCAAGAACUUGCACGAAGAGGAGCAAUUCAGCCUAGAGAUUGAAGAUGCAGAGGUGGCUGCUGCCCUUGCAGCACUGGAGGCUGCAACAGCUGGAGAAGAUGAUGAACUGGAAGACUACUGAAUCAGAGCACAACUGAAGAAUGCAAUAUAAAUGUGGACGUCAAAUUACAUUCCUAGUCAGCAAAACAACUGGACUCUUUGGAGACUCUUUAAAAUGUUGUGAAGUCAUUUUUUUUAAUAUGAUAAAAAUAUUCCAAAAGGUAGAAGCAGAAAUAGGUUUCAGAGGUUAUGGGAAGAAGGCAGGAGAAUGGGGUUAGGAGGGGGAGAUAGAUCAGCCAUGAUUGAAUGGGGGAGUAGAUGAUGGGCCAAAUGGCCUAAUUGUACUAUCCCUUAUGACCUAAAUCUUUGGAUCUGGCAUUGUAGAAUGAAUGUGGGUGAACAAGGAUCUUGCAACAGGACUUACUUUGCUGGAGUAUCUGUGAAUGAUGUCUUGGACACUUGCUAGGUGACCUCACUAAUUCAAUUACAGUUUUGGUUCUCAGUAGAGCAGAGUAUUCAGAAGAUUAUGCCACAGUAGUUACAUGGAGGAAACGCUGGUAGUAUCCUCCUAAAGAGUUAGGGAAGAUGAAUGGUUAUUUUAUUUAUUCAUUCAUGGGACAUGGGCAUUGCUGUGAGUUGCCUUCUCAAAGGACUGCAGUCCAUGUGGGAAUAGUUCUUCCACAGAGAUGUUACGUAGGGAGUACCAUACAACAAAUUAUCCCCUUAAAUUGUCUUUUCUUUGAAUGGAUCAGUCACGAUACACAAUUUAACCCCUUAAAAAGGGCCUGAGUUAUAGGGAGAGAUUGAGCAGUCUAGAAUUUUAUUCCUUGAAGCACAGGACGAUGAGAGGUGAUCUUAUCGUGGUGUACAAAAUCAUGAGAGGAAUAGAUCAUGUAAAUGCACAUAUUCAUCUUGUCCAGUGUAGGGAAAUCGAGAACCAGAGGACAAAGGUUUAAGGUGAUGGGGGAAAAGAUUUAAUAGGAACCUGAUGGGUAACAUUUUUUGACACAAAGUGUGGUGAGUUUAUGGAGUGAGCUGUGGCUGGAGGUAGUUGAGACUGGUACUAUCGCAAUGUUUAAGAAACAUUGGGACAGGUACAUGAAUAGGAUAGGUUUAGAAGAAUAUAUGGGUCAAAUGCAGUCAAAUGGGAUUAGUUUAGUUGGGGGCAUGUUGGUCGACCUGGGCAAGUUGGACCCCAGGGCUUGUUUCCACACUGUAUGACUCGAUAACUCUAUAUGUGCAAUGAUCUUUGUACCAAUAUAUUAAAAUGUGAAAUCAUUUUAGAUUAAGUUCCUUGUAGCACGAUAGAUUUUAUAUCUGGACAAACUGAGCUCGGGAGGAGGGAAAGGUCUGCUAUCCAGAAUAUGCAAGAUAGGUUGGUCCAACUGCAAUUGCAGUUAAUGCUUAGCAUUAAAAAACGGUUAAACUUCACACUGCAUCAUGUAUUAAAGGUAUGUAUAACUGGAAUAUUAAUAACACCAAAAGAGGAGUGUAACAAAAAUGAUUUCAUAAUUUGAUAAGGUAAUAUCUGGGCACAGAUGUUUUGGCGUGAAAUAAAUGGAACAUUUAAGCAGCAGCUUUAAAAAGGACAUCAUGACAAGAAAGUUAAUCGUAUUUUGGCACUUACAAGAAACUGCACAAAAUGUAAGUGAUGAGGAGUAUUGUUGUAACAAACACACAAAACUGCCACACAAAUCGUUGUCGGAACCAAUAAAAUGCUUUGUAUAAAAUGCAAUAUGUGUACCAGUUGCGAAUGAAAACUCAUUAUUCUCACAGGAAAUGGGAAUGAGCAUUCUGGACUAAAUAUUCUCAGGAGUGUUGAACUGAGAAUUUUGUAUAAUAUAUAUUCAAAAUAUUUUAAAUAACAGAUUGAUGUGUAUGUAACUUUUCUACAAGUAACAAUGUUUUAUGAAGUUUAUUAUGCAGCAAGGAGCAGCAGAGAAAAUAAAUUAAUCACGUUCAUUUAAAACACUGUUGAUGCGAAAAAUGUUCAGUUAUACAAGAAAACAUGAAAAAUCUAUUAUGAUUUUGUUUCCUAACACUAUUUGAUAUGUAAUAAAAUGUUUGCUUAAAAAGUCCAAAUCUACCAUCACAUCGCACUGUGUAUUUUGGAAGGAUCUAUUUACCUAUUGCCUGUUGCUAAGACGUCUGUAAGAAUCCUCCCGUAAAGUCCCCCCCCCAGUAAAAAUUUAUAGGGUUCCAAAUAUUAACAUCAUCAUUACUUCUUCAUAAUAUUUUCCAAUCAAGGUUUCACCUAAUGUUGAGCUAUUUACUGUAAACUGUCUGGUUUCAAACACUAUAUCAAGCACAGUUUUAUUGCUCUAGUGGUACCAUCAGGGAUACACAAAAAAUGUGGGAGCAUUUCACUGCCGGUUAAUUUUGAUUACAAAUUAUUCCCUUCUUUUCCACAAACAUACCCAGAUAUAGUCAUUGUGGUGGAUUUCAUCCUUAUGCAUCCCAAAAUGGUUGACAAUUGUUGCUUUUGGUUGGUAAGGUAACAAAACCUUACAAUAUUUGCUCACCAGGAGAGAAGACAGAUUGUAACAAUUAUUUGUUAUAGACGGCAGGUGCUGUAAUCUGGGGUAAAACACAAACUACUGGAGAAACUCAGUGGGCUAAGCAGCAAAGGUAGAGGCAAGGGGGCCAGUUGAUGAUUCAGGUCAAGAACUUGCAUCAGAUUUGAGUAUGAAUAGGGAAGAUAGACAAUAUAAAGGGUUGAGAGGGAGGGGUGAGCCAAUGUCAAUAGGUAGACCAGGGAGAGAAGGGCAGAGAUGGAGUUGGGAGAAAGCAACUGUAAAA